CCUGUAUGUGAAGUAUAUAUUGCGCUUUUUUAUUAACUACAAAAAAAUCUAGAAUAUAUAUCCUAUCGCUGAUAUUCCCGGAGAAUUUCGUAUUUUUUAUACUAAUUUUGUGACUAUCGCCAGCCGGCCCCUGAGUCAUCUCUUAUCGAUAAGGAAGUGAUUGCCCUAGCCCACUAUUUUUGCUUGCUUUGUCCCUCCAACAUCCACGUCCUAAUAGAACUUCCCCCGCCUUCACAACAUUUACACUCUCCGCACUCAGAUUAGUAACUAAUAUAUUAAUAUUAACUACAGGUCGCCAAAACGGAGCAUCAUGACCGACAAACAAAAGCUAGAAAACAUGGACACUCCGGUCGACCUUCCUGAUCGCACUAAGGCACCGGCAAAUGCUCAAAAACCGCGAAAAGAAAAAGCUCCCAAGGCGCCUAAACCGCCCAAGGGCCCUACCCCGCCAAAGGCGAAGAAGCCAGCUGCCAUAGCUUUCAAUGAAGAUCCAGACUCAAUGUUUAAGACUGGAUUCCUUGCCGACGUCUAUAAUGAAAGGCCAAUCGGUUCUGAGUAUGUUAAGAAAGUUGUAACACGUUUCCCACCCGAGCCAAAUGGCUACCUUCACAUCGGACACUCAAAAGCCAUUGCGAUCAAUUUUGGUUUCGCGCGAUUCUAUGGAGGAGACUGCUAUCUUCGAUUUGAUGAUACGAACCCUAAGAGCGAAGAGGAAAAAUAUUUUAUUGCGAUUGAAGAUAUUGUCCGGUGGCUGGGUUUCUCACCAGUCAAGGUCACAUAUUCCAGUGACAAUUUUGAUCGCCUCUAUGAGCUGGCGGAGGACCUAAUCAGACGGGAUGGCGCAUAUGUUUGUCACUGCAACAAGGCCGAAAUCCAAGCACAGCGAGGCGGAGGAGAGGGGGAAGGUAAACCUCGAUUUGCCUGUGCGCAUCGGACUCGUCCUAUUGAGGAAUCGCUGACGGAAUUCCGAGCAAUGCGUGAUGGCAAAUACGCGGCUGGAGAAGCUGCUUUGCGUAUGAAGCAGGACCUCAAAGAUGGCAACCCCCAAAUGUGGGAUCUCUUUGCAUAUCGUGUCAUCGACGACAAGGAAAGACAUCAUUUCCGAACUGGAGAUAAAUGGAGAAUAUACCCUACUUACGAUUUUACUCACUGUCUCUGUGAUAGCUUUGAGGGCGUUACUCACUCCUUAUGCACAACGGAAUUCGAGCAGUCCCGAGUUUCUUACGAGUGGCUUUGCGACAAAUUAGAAGUAUACAGACCAAUGCAAAGAGAAUACGGCCGCCUCAAUGUUACGGGAACGAUUCUUUCCAAACGGGACAUUAUGAAGCUUAUCGAUGGAGGACACGUUGGAGGAUACGAUGAUCCUCGCUUGUAUACCCUCGUUGGUCUACGUCGUCGGGGUGUGCCUCCCGGAGCUAUUCUCUCGUUUGUGAACGAGCUUGGAGUGACCAAAGCCAAGACAAAUAUCCAAGUACAUCGCUUUGAACAAUCAGUGAGAAGGUAUCUCGAGACGACCGUUCCACGAUUGAUGGUCGUCAUGGAACCGCUCAAAGUUAUCAUCGAUGAUCUCCCUGAAGAUUACCUUGAAAUGGUCGAACUUCCUUAUUCGAAAGAUCCCGCGUUUGGAGUUCACAAGGUCCCGUUUACGCGGACAGUUUAUAUCGAGAGAACUGAUUUUAGAGAAGUUGAUUCGGCGGACUACUUCCGACUAGCCCCUGGGAAAACCGUUGGUCUUAUGAAAGUGCCUUACCCAAUUACGGCAAUGUCCUUUGAGAAGGAUCCAGAAACUGGGCUAGUAACCUGUGUUCACGCGAAAUAUGAGAAACCGGAAGAGGGAUCCGCUCCUAAGAAACCCAAAACAUUCAUACACUGGGUCGCUCUCUCCCCCGAGCAUUCCAGCCCUAUAAAAGCUGAGGUUCGCGUCAUCAAUCGAUUGUUCAACUCCGAAGAUCCCAAGAGCCACCCGGACGGCUUCCUAGCAGAUAUCAAUUCCAACUCUAUGGAGAUCUACCGCGAUGCCAUGAUCGAUAUUGGGUUCCCUGAAGUUAAAAGUCGCGCACCUUGGCCUGCUAAGGAAGGCGAGAAGCUCUCUAACCCGGAAAAGCAUGAGACGGAAGAGUAUGACAUCAGUGGCGCAGGAGGAGUCGGUGCAGAUGGGUCGAUUGUUCAUCCCGAAACAGUCCGCUUCCAGGGGAUGCGGGUUGCGUAUUUUGCGCUCGAUAGUGAUAGUACUGAGGAUAAGGUGAUAUUGAACAGGAUUGUGGCUUUGAAAGAUGAUGCUGGGAAAUAGUAAGGAUUAUUUUUCCAGAGACGAGAGUACCUCAAAUGUGGUUUCUGAGAUUAUAUUCACCUUUGUUUUUUGUUGCAGGGCCGAUACUGCUAGUGGUAGGCCAGCGGUUAGCCAGUGCGUGUAGCGGGCGAUAUCCAUAUUAUCCAAUUAUUUUGGCCAAUUGGUUAGAUAUCUAAAAAGAGAAUGAGUGAACUGCUUUUGUUUGGACGAUAUUAGAAAUCUUCUGCUACGUCAAUUUAUUUAUCUCAUGGUGCUUAUAUAUAUGGGCCGGCCGUUAAUGCGAAAGCAACAACGAUGAAAGUCAGAUACUAUCUCGAGUAAAAGGAAACCUGGGUAUACUCCAGCUUAUUCGUGACAAAAUACGUUGGUUCUGCGCAUAUUUUUUGGGCGGACAGGAUUGGGGGAGCUAUGUUCAAGUGGCCUCCGCGGUCUGUACCCUAGCUUGCUGCAAGUGUAGAGCUCCUGUGAUAAAAAGGAAUAACGUCGCGCCAUAAUGAUUUGCCAAUCUGCUACGCCGUACAAAUGAAGUUUGGGAGAUGAAUUCAGGAGUGAAUCCAUUUCCCCUUCUGGAACUUUUGACGGGCAA